UGACGAUGCUCGCGUGAUUGCUAUUUUCGAACUUACAGAUUAAUAUUGAUAUUUUAACGAGCAACAGCUAUAAAGCGCGUGAGAAUACAACUGACGAACAACGAACGAAAAAACCAACCCGCGCUUUGCUUGAACUUCCUAGCUAUAGCUUUGCACUUUUGACGGUAAGAGUCAAGUUACCAACCUGUAGAUCUGAUCUAUAACAUUGAUGGUCUAGAUGAACUUCUUGACGGUCAUUCUUCUGGCAUUGACAACUGUCAACCCUCUUGGUGCAUGGGCCAUGCCUGGCUUCGAGGCCACUGCCUCAUGCGUUUGGGAGGGGUGUGGGGGGAUCCCGUGCCCAGGAGCGCCUAUUAUGGGCUCCAGAAGUUGCACCGCAGUCGACGGUUCCCCGGGGAGUCAGUUCUGUUGCAAAUUGUAACGCAAACGAGGGGUUCGGGUAUGUCAGCGACAAAACACUUUAUCAAAACACGUACUGAGCGCAAAAUAGAGGUGCACAUAGUUCUGCUCCCACGUUAAGCUGUGAUAAAGCUUCCCCAAAGCUUCCCGCAGAAUUGUCUACGGUAGAUCCAUCUUAUGUUAGAGUCAGAUACACUGGAUAUGUGCC